GUCCCGCGCCGGCAGCUCCGCGGCUCCUCGCGCUCGCCGCCCGGCUGUCAGGCGCCGCCGAGCUCGCGCUGCCGCCGCCGCCCGCCUUCCCGCCCGUCCUGAGGAGAGACCGAAGGCGGCCAUGAAGAUCUGGAGCUCGGAGCACGUGUUCGGACACCCCUGGGAAACGGUGAUCAAAGCUGCUAUGAGGAAGUACCCCAACCCAAUGAAUCCCUGUGUGGUAGGGGUAGACGUCCUGGACAGAAACCUCGAUAAGCAGGGAAGGCUGCACAGUCACCGUCUCCUCAGCACGGAGUGGGGGCUGCCCAGUAUCGUGAAAGCGAUUUUAGGAACAAGUAGAACUCUGACUUACAUUGAAGAACAUUCUGUGGUAGAUCCAGUGGAAAAAAAGAUGGAGCUUUGCUCAACUAAUAUUACUCUCACAAACUUGGUGUCUGUUGAUGAGAGACUGGUUUACACACCUCAUCCUGAAAACCCCGAAAAAACUGUGCUAACUCAAGAAGCAAUUAUUACUGUUAAAGGCAUUAGCUUGAGCAGUUAUCUGGAAAGCUUGAUGGCAAACACAAUCUCUUCUAAUGCCAGAAAGGGUCGGGAUGCCCUGGAGUGGGUGAUCAGCAAACUAAACACGGAGCUGGAGGAGCUGAAGUCAACGCGUGAGGGCAUGAAACCAGCCAUGGCAGCAGCAUCAACGGAAAAAUAAACCAAAACCCCCCCAAGAACUGACAGAAAAGUUUUAUUCUGCAGACUGCUUUGUAGGUCUCCCUUCUGAGGCUGAUCUGCAGAGGUUUUAUACAUUUAUAAGAAUAUUGGAUCAUCGGAAAAGUAACCUCAUCCGUCCUCUCCGCAGCAGCUCCUGUUACCUACUGAAGAUACUCUUUCCAUUUAAACAAUUUAUUUUUAACACUGGAAACAAAACAUUUAGCACAUUUAAAACUGCCUAAAUGUGCCUUUUUUAAAUAGAGAGAAUGUUAUAUUUCUACCAUCUCAAUUUUCAUACUCAAACUUGAAAGGGGUACAUGUGUGGAAUUAAGAGUUUCUCACGUGAAUGUUUCUUCUGUGAAGGGCUGAUUGGUACUAGAGCACUGAAUUUUGUCUGUUCUGUGACCUGACAGCGUCUCAUGAGCAUUUAAAUGACAUGAGUCAGAAUGUGAUGCUGUUAGAAUUAGAUACCUCUCUAGAGGAUCAUCCCGAAAUGCUAAAACCUGAGCGGUACAAACUGUUCUUAACGUUGUUCAAAUGUGCUGCUGAACAUGAAACGCAGAGACUUUACCUCGUAGGUGUUUGUAUCCAAACAAAGACAAAGUUUCUAUUGAGAUUAAUAGCCUGAAACAGUUUUUUUGGUGGGGAGAAGCAUAUAAUUUAUUUUCAUAUUUAUUAACUUGUCCUAGAUCCUCCCCUCCCUUUGAGGAGAGGAGCAGUAAUUCCUGGAAGGUGCUAGCAAAUACUUAUCUCUAAAAAGGCUAACUUUUAGGCUACGUGAAUGCAGAGACUGUGCUGUCCCACAGGUCCUUGCUCUUCACAUCAUGUCUUAACUGAGGGAGAGACUGAUGCGAUAGCCAGAAGAGCUGAAAUGAAAAAUAAGGAGGAAAUUUGAAAUCCGACUGAUAACGUUUCAUGAACGUGUGUUUUUCGUGCCCUGAGGAAAUCAAGAGUACAUGAAAGACAAAUGGACUCUCCUUUUUAAGUGCUUUCUACUAACUACGGACUGUUGGUGUCACUGAAUUUUUUCAGUACUUUCCCGCAUUGGUACCAAAUGGCUUUAAAUGCUUCUCAUUAUCUGGAGAAAUACUCCAGUAACUGCAGAGAUUGCUUCCUGUAAAAAGUGCAUAAAUAUAUAUUGGUAACAGUCCUAGCCUUGUCUGGUGUUCCCAAAGUUUUUGGUUUUGGUCCAGGCACAGUCAGUGUUUCUUAGCCUCUGUUAGAACCUUUUAACUUAUUUUUUAGUGUGCACACAAAGUGAAAGAAAUGUUUCAAGGAUGUUUACUUGUUCAAGUGGCAAGCAUGUGUUUAGGAAGCUGCUAAAGAGCAUGAGUAACUUCUAAAAAAACUAGAAGAGUAAGAUGUUGGUCACUGUUUUGAUCUGGUAAUUUUAAAGUGUCUGUAGCUUAAGGGAAAUGUCAGCGUUUGUAUUCUGGUUAGUUUGAAGGUGAACAUUAAUUUGGGUGUAACUAUAGUCUCACUGAAUUACAUGAUUCUAAUGAAUAAACUUAAUUUAAAAUAUAUAUAUAUAUUGGCAAUUAAA